UGCUUUUAAUCUUGUUCUUAAAUGUGUUAUUUUCUUGCUCAUACUAAUAUAAUACUUGGUUAAAUAAUACUCUCCUACUUUUGUUAGCCUUUGAGUAUCUUAUUUUGGAAACAGAGGAAGAAUAUCCUUGGAGAAUGCUCAGGCCUGUCAAAAAAGCGUUCCCAAGACCUGAACAAGUUGAUGAAGCAACCCAUUUGUCAAACCUAGCAGUGCAGAAAAAUGCCAGCACCUUUUUCAAGAAGUAUGACCAAACGGAGUUGCAGGAAUUACUUACAACCAUGUCCUCUAGUUGGCUGGCUUCAAAAGAUGACAUACACUGCCCAAUAGAGCUUCCCAGCGGACUGGUGAGCCAGCUAAGAAACAUAAGUUCCCGGACUGCAAUUUUGCUAGCACCAGUGGUUUCAGAUAUACCCUUAGAUUGUAAAGAAGUCCAUCAGAUUUUGAGAGAAUUGACUGUUGGAAUUUAUUGUUUAAACCAGAUACCUUUGAUCAGUUUAGAUGGUAAUUAUGAUCAAAGCACUUCUUGUCAGCUUCCUCCAGCUUACAUUGAUACCAGAAUUGGACAAAUUUUGAUCAGUGUUGAUUACAUGCUAAAAGCACUGUGGCAUGGGGCAUACAUACCCAAAGAGAAACGCGUCAGGUUUUCUAAGCUGUGGCGCUCUGAAAUGGACAUUGAUGCAGAUGGAAAACCCCAAACAGAGGAGAAUAUUUUUUUAAAGUUUUGCUCAGGAGGUCUAACUGAUGUUUCUACUGAACAGGAUUUUGAGGGAAUCUAUGAUGAAAAUAUGAAUGAAGAUCCAACUUACGAUCCAAACAGUACAGAAGAAAAAAGUUUCUUCAUGCAAUAUGCUGAUAACAUAAUACUUAAAGUGACAUUUGGUUGUACGCAAGUUGAGCAACAUGAAAAUUUUUUUAGGUUUGAUGCAAUUUAUAGACUCACCAAUGUUAUAAGAUCAACAGAGGACUACUUAAAUACAGAAACAUAUCAGAGAUUACAGCAGAGAUUAGCUCUUCACCAAAAGCUUCUGAAGAAACAGUUAGAAAAAAACAUUACAAUCCACAGAAAUAUAGAAUAUCUCAAGUUAAUGAGCUUUUUAAUUCCAUUUUUACUGGGGUUUAAAAAGAAGAUGGAAAUCCCAAAUUUAAAUAAACUACUUCAGCCAUAUUCAAAUCAAGAGCUUAAAACAGAGAGAGAGUUGCCACCGUUUUCUCUUGGACAAAAUUUUAAAUGUCAGCAUUUUCAAUAUGCACAGAAUGAGUAUUUUCAUGCCCAUGGAGGGAUUGAAUUUGAUGUUGGUACUCCUUCGAUACAGGAUAUUUCAGAAGAGAUCAAGGUUUUGGUUUGCUCUCUUUCAUGUAAUGUAUGUGUGCGUGUCUUCACAGCUAUCAUGGAAUUUGAUGGUAAGAGUUACUAUGUGAUCUGUAUUGAAUUUGAAGGUUUUUAUCAGCAGCUAUAUAAGACACCAUGGUGGGCAGCCAUAAAUGAAAGAAUAAGCACUCUUAAGCCUAAAAGAGUUGCCUUUACUGAUUUACAGACUCUUGAGCAAUUCAAAAAAAGAUUUGGUUACAAGGAAGCUAUUAAAUGCAAGAGCUUAGCGUAUGGUAUGAAAUCAGCUGCCAAGAGAGGACUAGCUGCUAUCUUCCUGACUUUUUGUCGUAAAGCAUCUACCUCCAGUUUCAAUGUUGUUGAUGAAUCUGGUUUUGCCCUUCUUCACCAUGCUUCUAUGUACAAUCGUGUUCCAAUUAUAUAUCAACUGAUUAAAUCUCAUGCAGAUAUCAAUCAGAGAUGCAUUGUUCGCAUUAACCUUGGUCCUACUGCCUUACACUUAGCAGCUCAGUGUGGAUCUAUUGAAACACUUAACUGUCUCCUUGCCAUGAAGGCAGAUUAUAAAGUGUCUGAUCAUCGAGGAUGGCUGGCUGUCCAUUAUGCAGCAUUCUAUGAUAAUAUUGCUUGUAUCACAGUUCUCUGCAGAAAAGACCCUAAUCUACUAGAGACUGAAACAACAUCUGAGUAUCAAGUUACUCCACUACUGCUUACUGCCAUAUCUGGAGCAUUAGACACACUUCAGUAUUUGUUUUCUCUUGGUGCCAACUGCAAAAAAACUGACAGUGAAGGAAACAAUGUAAUUCAUUUAGCAGUGCUUUACUUUCACACAGAAAUUCUUAAGCAUCUGUUAGAGAUAAAUAAUCCACAUCUUCCAGUUUGGAGUACUAUUGUAGGAAUGUUAAACUGUGAAGAUACUAGAAGGAGAGAAAUGGCCAUUAGGUCUUUGGAAGUACUUUGCUUAGCAAAAGAUUACUACUGGGAGUGCAUUUUGGAUGCAGGCACUAUAUCCCCUAUAAUAAAUUUGUUAAAAAGCCAGGAUAUUGAGCUUGCGUGCUUGGCUUCAGGUGUUCUUAGUAACAUUUCAACUCAUGAUGCCGUUUCCAAAGCUUUAGCAAAAGCUGGAGGCAUUUCUGUGUUGGUUGAUUUGUUGGACUGUGGUGAACCCGAAUUGCAGUCCCGCUGUGCUGUUAUCUUAUAUGAUAUUGCUCAUUUGGACAAUUACCGGAAUGUCAUUGCAGAGCUGGGUGGAAUCCCAUCUUUGGUAAAUCUUUUGGAAAGUAAAAUGGAUGAUUUGUUGGUAAAUGUAAUAAAUUGUAUCCGAGUGUUAUGCAUUCAGAACAAAAGUAAUCAAGAGGAAGUGAAGGAACAUCAGGGUAUCCCAUUACUUAUUCAGUUUCUAACUUCACAUUCAGGUGUACUACAGGCUGUGUCUUCUGCAGCUAUUGCAGAACUUGCUCGAGGGAAUAGAAAAAUGCAGGAUGUCAUUGCAAAUGCAGAGGCAAUUGAUCCUCUAGUUAAACUGCUAAAAAAAAGGAAUAUCAAUGUACAGAUAGAAGGUGCUACGGCUAUAGAGGCACUAUGUGAAAACAACACUCAUGUGCAGAAGGCAUUCCUGGAAAAAUCAGUAACAAAGGAUCUGUUGAAGCUCUUAAAGGCAUUUCACUUGAAAGUUAAGGAACAGGGUGCAACAGCUUUGUGGGCAUUGGCAGGAAAAAAACUGAAGCAGCAAAAGUUCAUGGCAGAGCAGAUUGGGUAUAACUUAAUUACUGAUAUGCUUUUGUCACCAUCUGCUAAAAUGCAGCAUGUUGGAGGAGAAGCAGUUGUUGCUCUUUGCGAAGAGAGCAGACAUCAUCAAAAUCAAAUAUGUGAAGGAAGUGGAAUCAGCCCUUUAGUCUGGCUGUUGAGAAAUGCAAAAAUAGCAGAGGGAACACUCCUGAAUGUCAUCAGAGCCCUGGGGACCAUAUGCGUUGGUGAGGCUCAUACAAACAAUCCUGUCAGCCAAAAAAGCAUAUUGGAGGAACAGGCCUUACCAAUCCUAGUGCAUAUGCUAAAACAUCACAGUUCACUUCAGAUAAAGGCUGAAGUUGCAUAUUCCUUGGCUUGUAUUGUUUUAAGAAACCGUAAGUUACAGGAGGUGUUACAUGAGGAAGAGGGUUUUGUUUACUCUGAUGUUCUUGAACUUCUUCACGUACAAAAUAAGGAUAUUUGUUUACGAGCAGCAUAUGCCUUAGCCCUUUUUGCAUACAAUAACUGUGUCCAACAACUCCGGAUCCUGGAGAGUGGAGCAAUUACAAUAUCUGUAUUUGAACCUUUCCUGCAGUCAGAAAUUGAGACAGAUAAAGCAUUGGCAGCAUUUCAGAUUGUUGUAUUAGCCAGAGUCAUAGUGGAUGUUGAUCAGGUUACUUUGUCUGCUAGAGGUGUUACUACGUUAGUUGAACUGCUAAGUUCUGAGAACACAGCUACUCUUAUUCUUACAGGGAAGUUAUUGGCCAGCUUGGCUCAUACAAGGGCAGGAAUUCCAGAAGCAAUUACUACAUUAGGAACUAUCCAGCGUCUUUGUUAUCAUCUGUACUCAGAUGACGAAGAGGUUUGCAUGGCCUCUGCCACUGCACUGGGAUACUUAACAUUUAACCAGACUGCGUACCGCCAUCUCUUGGUAGAGUGCAGGAACAAACCAAAGCAGUUUAGCCGCCUAAUGAACAACCUCAGCAGAGAUGCACGAAUAAACCAGGAUUUUGUAAAUGAGUUCCAACGAGAAAGACGAGCGGGACUGCCUUCUCUAAGUUUGAUGAUAAAUGGAGGACCACCUGCAGUUCCAGCUUACUCUAGAGAGAGGCUGUGGAGUUGUACAGGAAGACAUCCCUGGGCUAAGUGUCAACCUAAGGAUUCACUGCUUUUGAUAUCUACCCCUGUUCACCUAAGGGGAAAACUCAGAAGAGCAAAUAUGUUCCGUAGACAAACUUCUAGAAUAUAUUCAUUUACAUAUGCAGUUUCUUCAGACAUCACAAAAGUUUCAAGACCAAGAAUUGUUAACCUUAGUAAGAUUUCAGCCACUGUACCAGGAGAAAAGUUUAAGUCCUGUGUCAAUGAUGGAGUUGAAAAGCUCUUAAUAUAAUUAUGCA